AUGGACGCACAAUUUCUAUUAGGCAAAAAGAUCAUCAUUGCAGGUGCAGGCAUCUCUGGCCUCUCUUUCACUCUCGCAAUUCGACAACUCUGGCCCGCGGGUUUGGAGCCUCCACACAUUGUUAUUUAUGAGCGUGAUUCCGAUGCUGUGCCUCCUGGGAGAGAAGGCUACAGUUUGUCUCUAGCUGGCUUCGACGAGACGGGCGGCCUCUAUGCAGCUCGCGAUCUUGGAGUAUUGGAUGAGGUCCUCAACCACGCUACUCAAGGACUAGGGAAUCAAUUUGUCUUCAAAGUGUGGAACAAUUCAUGGACUGAGCUGUUAAGCAUGAAAUUUAAACCAGCGGCCGGUCUUCCUACUGCAGGAAUCCGAAUUGCAAGGAAGAAUCUCCGAAAGGUCCUAACCAAUGCCGUUGGGUCCGGCCAAAUUAAUUGGAAUACUGCAUGUGUAGAUGCAGAGAAACUUGCAAAUGGGAAGAUUCUGGCUACACUCUCAGGAGACCAUAUACCGGCAGACAAGUCAACCACUGAGUGUGACCUCCUCGUCGUUGCCGAUGGAGCUGCCAGCAAAAUUAGAUCAAAACUCCGACCGGAUGAUACGCUGCAGUACGCUGGAGUUAUGCAGAAAGGUGGACUAGCCGUUUUCCCAAAUAGCAUACCACAGCCUGUUGACAAGAACUAG